CAUUUUGCAUUGGAGGAAAACAGGACAGAUAAUCAAAACACGAGAGAGAAAACAGUCAGAUAAUCAUAAGUGGUUAGAAGAGGCUAGUUUACCAACUAGACAUAUUACAAAGAAGAACGACAUUUACGAAGAACCCGUUAAGGAGGGCGAUUACUACAGUUUUAACGACGCUGCCCCUGGAAUUGAAAUUCAUCUUUUGUGGAACUAUAUCACAGAAAAAAUGAAGAAUACCUGUAAACAUCUCUAUGACGAAUUUGCGACUUUGACAACAGGGCUCGUCCAUAAACAUGACGUGGCAGCCCAAGAAAAAAACAAGGGCAAGAACAGAUACAAGGAAAUGUAUGCAUACGACCAUUCACGGGUGCCACUCCAAACAGAUAAGCCAGACGAGUCUGACUAUAUCAAUGCUUGUUUCAUCAAUGGUUACGAAAAAGUAAACAAAUUUAUCGCAUCACAAGGUCCUACGAAGAACAUGAUUGAUGACUUCUGGAGAAUGAUUUGGCAACAGAAAGCUGACAAAAUUGUGAUGCUGACAAACCUCAUAGAAAUGGCUUCGAUUAAGUGCAAACAGUACUGGCCAGAGAAAGGUGACACUUGUUCAUAUGGUGGCAUAGAUAUAUCAUACAUCGACACAAGAGAAUUCCAAGACUACAAUGUACGGACCUGGGAAGUGGUUAAGACUGGCAGUAAACCACGUCGAAUACGCCAGUUCCAUUUCAAAACUUGGCCUGACAAGGACGUUCCAGACAGUGCUUGGUGCCUCGUCGACUUCUGGAAAGCUGUUGACACUAAUAGCGCAACAAAUGAAUCACCGAUUGUUGUACACUGCAGUGCUGGAGUUGGUCGUACAGGAACAUUCAUCGCACUUGAUAACCUUAUAUACCAGGCUAAAGCAGAAAAGUGCGUUCGGCUUCUACAAAUGGUGCAGACACUGCGCAGACAGAGGGUGAAUAUGGUGCAGACGAAGGAACAGUACGUGUAUCUCCACGAAGCUGUAGCAGAGGCCUUGCUGAUCGGGACACACCACGUGUAUUCCAAGCAGUUUGAUAGUUUCUACAAGCACAUGGUCAACAAAGAGCUACGAUCGCCGAGGACGAGGAUUGAGGAACAGUUCGAUUUGAUUGAAAAGGGAGUAACAGAGGAGUCGGUGCAGGAAGUUGGUCCCGAAUAUGGAAACAUAGAGUCCAUGCGAUCGGAAAUAGAUGCAUAUCGCCCUAACCUGAACAAAAGAGGAUCUAACUUUGUUCAAAAUCUCGGAACUAUUUUCUUACCGAACUACGCCAACAAGAACACGUUCCUCGUAGCAAUGUCGCCGACAGAACAAACGCUGGAAGAAUUCUGGUCCCUGAUUGAGGAACAACACAUCACCACCCUAAUCAUGCUGACGCCACAAUCACAUACCGCAUACAAGGUUGUGAAGACAUGCCAGUACUUAGGAAGCAUGGACGGGAAACAGAUCGGCAAUUUUGUUGUCAACUGUAUCCAUGAAAAGAAGAACAAAGAAUUCCAAGAAAAGUGUUUCUCAUUCAAAGACGUAAACAACGAGGACGAGGAUUACCUGACCACAAUACGUCAGUUUGAGUUUUCGGCUUGGCGGGAAGGCGAGGACACGCCAACAUCGGUACAGCCCAUGUUAGAUAUGCUGGAGGCAGUCAACAGGUGGCAGCCUCAUCUCCUCGAGAAAAGACCUAUCCUCAUACAUUGCGAAUCCGGAUUUCAUCGCAGUGGAUUGAUAGCUGUACUUCUGAAUGAAUUUCAUCGGAUUCAAGCAAACAAGGGUCAGAUCAACAUUGUGGAAAGCGUGAAAACAAUGAAACAACGGAACAAAGAUAUUGUACAGAGUCCGACCCAACUUCGAUACAUCUACAACGUCAUACAAGAACAUGUAAAACAGAUGGAUGUUUAUCAAAAUAUGUAG